AAAAAUAGAGCAAGGGAAAAAGUGAUGAUUGUUGGGAUUCCUUAGACUCAAAGGUAGAGAAACAUGCAUCCACUUGGUGGGAGAAUCUCAAGCGUAGUCAAGAAAAAGAAGGCCACAACAAAAUUAGAACUUGGGAGAAAAUGCGUUGGGAACUCACUCACUUUGGAUGUCAUUCGGCUAGCAUUGAGGGUUGAAAAGAAAAUAUCAAAGAAGAAUAUUAUUAGUGCUUCAAAACUACGAGAUUUUGGAGCUAGUCGAGGAACUCAAGCCUCAAAAACUAUUGCCAAGACCCUUGUCAAGGCUGAGAAGGAAGCUAGUUUGAGCCGUCUAGCUCAAUCUAACACUCGAAAAUGUUUCAAGUGUCAAGGAUUUGGCCACAUCGCCUUUAACUAUCCAAGCAGGAGAGUUGUCACCAUUAUCAGAGGAGAAAUUCAUGAAGCCUCAGAUGAUGAAGCAGAAAAGGAGCAUAAUGAUGAGAUUGAGUCAGCACAACUUGAGGAAGAACUCAUCCUAGCUAACCAUGGAGAAUCUUUGGUUGUACAUCAAAGAUUUCAUGCUACCAUAACCAAGGAUGAAGAUUGGUUUUGACAUAACAUUUUUCACACCAAUGUACUUCUCGAAGGAAAGUUUGCAACGUCAUCAUCAAUAGUGGAAAUUGUUAGAAUGUUGUAUCCAAUUAUAUGGUUGAAAAGCUAGGAUUGCUUAUUAAAGAUCAUUCCCAUUC